AGUAUAUACAAGCUGAACCACCCACCAACAAGUCCCUGUCUAGCCUGGUUGUACAGUUACUACAAUUUCAGGAAGAAGUUUUUGGCAAACAUGUCAGCAAUGCACCGCUCACUAAACUGCCGAUCAAAUGUUUCCUAGAUUUCAAAGCGGGAGGCUCCUUGUGCCACAUUCUUGCAGCUGCCUACAAAUUCAAGAGUGACCAGGGAUGAAUCCAUCACGCAUGGACCGCAAUGUGGAAAUGUUUAUGACCAUCGAGAAGUCCUUGGUGCAGAAUAAUUGCCUGUCUCGACCUAACAUUUUUCUGUGCCCAGAAAUUGAGCCCAAACUACUAGGGAAAUUAAAGGACAUUAUCAAGAGACACCAGGGAACAGUCACUGAGGAUAAGAACAAUGCCUCCCAUGUUGUGUAUCCUGUCCCAGGGAAUCUAGAAGAAGAGGAAUGGGUACGACCAGUCAUGAAGAGGGAUAAGCAGGUUCUUCUGCACUGGGGCUACUAUCCUGACAGUUAUGAUACAUGGAUCCCAGCGAGUGAAAUUGAAGCAUCUGUGGAAGAUGCUCCAACUCCUGAGAAACCUAGGAAGAUUCAUGCAAAGUGGAUCCUGGACACCGACACCUUCAAUGAAUGGAUGAAUGAGGAAGACUACGAAGUAAAUGAUGACAAAAACCCUGUCUCCCGCCGAAAGAAGAUUUCAGCCAAGACAUUGACAGAUGAGGUGAACAGCCCAGAUUCAGAUCGACGGGACAAGAAGGGGGGAAACUAUAAGAAGAGGAAGCGCUCCCCCUCUCCUUCGCCAACCCCAGAAGCGAAGAAGAAAAAUGCUAAGAAAGGUCCCUCAACACCUUAUACUAAGUCAAAGCGUGGCCACAGAGAAGAGGAGCAAGAAGACCUCACAAAGGACAUGGAUGAGCCCUCACCAGUCCCCAAUGUAGAAGAGGUGACACUUCCCAAAACAGUCAACACAAAGAAAGACUCAGAGUCGGCCCCAGUCAAAGGCGGCACCAUGACUGACCUAGAUGAACAGGAAGAUGAAAGCAUGGAGACGACGGGCAAGGAUGAGGAUGAGAACAGUACGGGGAACAAGGGAGAGCAGACCAAGAAUCCAGACCUGCAUGAGGACAACGUGACUGAACAGACCCACCACAUCAUCAUUCCCAGCUAUGCUGCCUGGUUUGACUACAAUAGCGUUCAUGCCAUUGAGCGGAGGGCUCUCCCCGAGUUCUUCAACGGCAAGAACAAGUCCAAGACUCCAGAGAUCUACCUGGCCUAUCGAAACUUUAUGAUUGACACUUACCGACUGAACCCCCAAGAGUAUCUUACCUCUACCGCCUGUCGUCGAAACCUAGCGGGUGAUGUCUGUGCCAUCAUGAGGGUCCAUGCCUUCCUAGAACAGUGGGGUCUUAUUAACUACCAGGUGGAUGCUGAGAGUCGACCAACCCCAAUGGGGCCUCCGCCUACCUCUCACUUCCAUGUCUUGGCUGACACACCAUCAGGGCUAGUGCCUCUGCAGCCCAAGACCCCUCAGGGCCGCCAGGUUGAUGCUGAUACCAAGGCUGGGCGAAAGGGCAAAGAGCUGGAUGACCUGGUGCCAGAGACGGCUAAGGGCAAGCCAGAGCUGCAGACCUCUGCUUCCCAACAAAUGCUCAACUUUCCUGACAAAGGCAAAGAGAAACCAACAGACAUGCAAAACUUUGGGCUGCGCACAGACAUGUACACAAAAAAGAAUGUUCCCUCCAAGAGCAAAGCUGCAGCCAGUGCCACUCGUGAGUGGACAGAACAGGAAACCCUGCUUCUCCUGGAGGCACUGGAAAUGUACAAAGAUGACUGGAACAAAGUGUCCGAGCAUGUGGGAAGCCGCACACAGGACGAGUGCAUCUUGCAUUUUCUUCGUCUUCCCAUUGAAGACCCAUACCUGGAGGACUCAGAGGCCUCCCUAGGCCCCCUGGCCUACCAACCCAUCCCCUUCAGUCAGUCGGGCAACCCUGUUAUGAGCACUGUUGCCUUCUUGGCCUCUGUCGUCGAUCCCCGAGUCGCCUCUGCUGCUGCAAAGUCAGCCCUAGAGGAGUUCUCCAAAAUGAAGGAAGAGGUACCCACGGCCUUGGUGGAGGCCCAUGUUCGGAAAGUGGAAGAAGCAGCCAAAGUAACAGGCAAGGCGGACCCUGCCUUCGGUCUGGAAAGCAGUGGCAUUGCAGGAACCACCUCUGAUGAGCCUGAGCGGAUUGAGGAGAGCGGGAAUGACGAGGCUCGGGUGGAAGGCCAGGCCACAGAUGAGAAGAAGGAGCCCAAGGAACCCCGAGAAGGAGGGGGUGCCAUAGAGGAGGAAGCAAAGGAGAAAACCAGCGAGGCUCCCAAGAAGGAUGAGGAGAAAGGGAAAGAAGGUGACAGUGAGAAGGAGUCUGAGAAGAGUGAUGGAGACCCAAUAGUCGAUCCUGAGAAGGAGAAGGAGCCAAAGGAAGGGCAGGAGGAAGUGCUGAAGGAAGUGGUGGAGUCUGAGGGGGAAAGGAAGACAAAGGUGGAGCGGGACAUUGGCGAGGGCAACCUCUCCACCGCCGCUGCUGCCGCCCUGGCUGCUGCCGCAGUGAAAGCCAAGCACUUGGCUGCUGUUGAGGAAAGGAAGAUCAAAUCUUUGGUGGCCCUGCUGGUGGAGACCCAGAUGAAAAAGUUGGAGAUCAAACUUCGGCACUUUGAGGAGCUGGAGACUAUCAUGGACCGGGAGCGAGAAGCACUGGAGUAUCAGAGGCAGCAGCUCCUGGCCGACAGACAAGCCUUCCACAUGGAGCAGCUGAAGUAUGCGGAGAUGAGGGCUCGGCAGCAGCACUUCCAACAGAUGCACCAACAGCAGCAGCAGCCACCGCCAGCCCUGCCCCCAGGCUCCCAGCCUAUCCCCCCGACAGGGGCUGCUGGGCCACCCGCAGUCCAUGGCUUGGCUGUGGCUCCAGCCUCUGUAGUCCCUGCUCCUGCUGGUAGUGGGGCCCCUCCAGGAAGCUUGGGCCCUUCUGAACAGAUUGGGCAGGCAGGGUCAACUGCAGGGCCACAGCAGCAGCAACCAGCUGGAGCCCCCCAGCCUGGGGCAGUCCCACCAGGGGUUCCCCCCCCUGGACCCCAUGGCCCCUCACCGUUCCCCAACCAACAAACUCCUCCCUCAAUGAUGCCAGGGGCAGUGCCAGGCAGCGGGCACCCAGGCGUGGCGGACCCAGGCACCCCCCUGCCUCCAGACCCCACAGCCCCGAGCCCAGGCACGGUCACCCCUGUGCCACCUCCACAGUGAGGAGCCAGCCAGACAUCUCUCCCCCUCACCCCCUCUGGAGAUCACGGUUCCAGGAACAGCCCUUCCCCCACCACUGGGACCCUCCCCAGCCUGGAGAGUUCAUCACUACGUAAGGAAAGCUCCUUCCGCCCCUCCAAAGCCCUCACCAUGCCUAACAGAGGCAUGCAUUUUUAUAUCAGAUUAUUCAAGGACUUCUGUUUAAAAGAUGUUUCUAAUGUCUGGGAGAGAGGAUAGGAUGGGAAUGCUGCCCUAAAGGAAGGGCUGGUGAAAGGUGUUUAUACAAGGUUCUAUUAACCACUUCUAAGGGUACACCUCCCUCCAAACUACUGCAUUUUCUAUGGAUUAAAAAAAAAAAAAAAGAGUAGAUUUUAAAAAGCCACAUUGGAGCUCCCUUCUACCCACUAAAAAAUAACCAAUUUUUACAUUUUUUGAGGGGGAGUGAGUUUUAGGAAAGGGGAAUUAAAAUUCCAGGGAGAGCUCUGGGGAUAGAACAGGGUGCAGAUUCUGUCUCUCCCCAAGCCCCUUUUUAGUGACUGAGUCAAGGCCCCAGCUCCCCUAGCCCACCCUACACUGAGCUUAUUCGAGUUUAUUCGUACUAAUGAUCCCUCCUGCGGCUUCCUCAUUGUUGCUGUUUUAGGCCACCCCAGCUCAGCCAAUGAUUCCUUUCCCUCUGAAUGUCAGUUUUGUUUUUAAAAGUCACCUGCUUAGUUGAUGUCAGCGUAUGUGUAUUUGGUGGGGAAAACCUAAUUUCGGGGAUUUCUGUGGUAGGUAAUAGAAGAAAGGGCAGUGGGGGCUGUUCUCCUUCCUUCCCUGGGCUGUAUCCAUGGACUCCUGGAAGGCGCAGAGAAGGGAGCUGUAAGAGGAUGCGAAGUUUUAAAACCUGAAAUUGUUUUUUAAAGCACUUAAGCACCUCCUUAUUAUGACUUGGUGGGUCACCCCUUAGCCUCCUCCCUCUCCCACCAAGACUGUGAGAACUUCAGCUGAUAGCUGGGGGCUCCCCAGAUGAGGAUGCAGGGAUUUGGGAGCAGUGGAAGAGGGUGCCCAACCUUGGGCUGGACCAACCCUUGGCUCGGAGCUCAACUCUGCUUCCUGCAUUCCUGCUCCACGUCCCAGCUCCUCCCCUGUGACUGGAAGGCAGGUGUGCCUCCAGGCUCUGCACUGGUUCUUCUUGGUUCCUUCCACCAGGCCCUUUGUUCCUCAUGUCCCCGUGUUUCUCUCCCUCUGCGUCUUAGCACCUUUCUUCUGUUCAAAGUUUUCUGUAAAUUUUCUUUUUCUUUUUUUUCUUUUUUCUUUUUUUUUUUUUUUUUUUAUAAAUUAAUUUGCUUUCAGUUCCA